GUGAGGGGCGAGUGUAGGAAGCUGGGUCAGAUCUGGGGUCUGAGAACAAAGCCUGUCUCUUUCCAGUGACCCAGAAAGCCUCUCACUGCAUGUCUGAGGGCACUGGAAGGACACACAGGUUGUCUCAGCCUGGAAGUUUCUGAUUUUCCAACUCCAAGCCUGGGCUUCUCACAGUUACUACAGUCCCUCCUUCAGAGUGAGUAGCUCUUCUGAGGCUCCGCAUCUCACUCAUUCACUUACUCAACAGACACCAACUGUAUACAUUCCUGCUCUUAAGGAGCCCACAGACUAAUGACAGAUGACAGUUCCAGGAUUCUUUUGUGAAACGUGGAAGGAGAACAAAGAUUUUAGACUUACUACUCAACCCUACUCUGACGCAUGCUUGCCAUGUAUUUCCUCACUGUUGAGUUCAAUGUUCAUAAUCUGAGUUCCUGUGAUCCUCAGCGUGCCCUCCAGACCCUGCGCAUUAUUCCCAGGAUCUUCUCAUCUUAGCUUUUCUUAUCACAGGCAGUGGUAUUUUGUUUGGUACCAUCCUUUGCCAGAUUAAAUAUUUAUACUUACUUCAUAUUCUCUCUGUUGUUGAAAAGAACAAUACAAAAGUUGUAUAAUAAUGACGAAGUAUUUUAUCAUCUUCAUUUAAUUUUGCAAUCACCUGUCGGGCCCCCAGAGCUUACUCUGUGCCGUUCGUGUUCAAGGACGCUGUCUGAGAAACAAAGCUGAGACUUGAAUCCAGGUCUUCUGACUCUGGAUGCGCGUGCAGUCUUUGCCUUAUUUUAGUAACACAGGCACUAUUGGCUAUCAACGUGCAGCCCUUCUGCCUAAGGUUUGAUUAUUGUUGACUGUGCAGAACAUGUAAGCCUAAAAAUGCACCCUGUGUUGAACUGAUUUACAGAGCAGACAGGUGUCACAGGUUCACCUCUGCUUGGGAGAGCAGGCUUCUCUCAUGUAGAACCUGAACUGCAUCUCAUGCCUUCUCUUGAUUCACAAGCUCAUGGGUAGUAGAAAUGCCAGCAGAUCCCAUCGCUUGGGGGUGUAAUGUCAUCUGAAUGUGAGUGAUGACCUCUAUUUUAGGAUAGAAAGCUACAGGUACACCCAUUUUAUAACAUCCUCUUCUGGCAUUUUUUCCUUUUCCAUUUUCUCCUUGAAAUCAGUUUUCACAAUGCUUAACGGGUCAAAAAUUAUUCCAUCAUGGGUGCACAUUUGCUUGAGUGUGUGUGUUUCAGUCAUGGGCAUCUUCUUUUGGGUCUCAUUAGGCAUGGGAAAACCUAAGCCUGGUUAAAACGCUUCCUCCUGUGCUGUGAAGUUUCAGGCGAACUUAACAUGGGACUUGUUACAUAACCCACACGCUUGGCACUGGCACAGGGGGACCCUCGGUGAGGAUCACCCCUCUUGGUGUGUGCCAGACGACUGGUAGCUUUUUCCUCCAGUAUGUGUCAGCUGCAGAGCCAGAUUUAAAGGAGAGGAUUUACAGGAAAUCCAGCUGUGAGUUCUCAUUUUUUUUCUCUUAGAGCUGGAGGCGGGGCCAAAACUAACCUCAGACCAGGCACACCAUUGAUCAGGCUAGAAUGAUGUGGAACAGUCUCACAGACAGCGGCUAAGCACAGGGGAAAUAUUAGCUGGCAGAGAUAACGAAAAGGAAACACUCAGUGACAGAUGCACCAUCUGUCAGUUUCGGAAGAGCAAUUUUCAAGAAAGCAGAAAAUGAAACGAAGAAGAGAGUGAUUUUGUUUCAAAGGUACAGCACAGCCUAAGGACAUUUUAAAACAAAAAAUCGAGGCGAAGGAGGCAUGCGACUGGCUGCGUGCCGCCGGGUUCCCGCAGUACGCUCAGUUAUACGAGGAUUCACAAUUUCCCAUCAACAUUGUGGCUGUCAAGAACGAUCAUGAUUUUCUUGAAAAGGAUCUUGUAGAACCCCUUUACAGACGACUCAAUACGUUGAACAAGUGUGCCUCAAUGAAACUUGAUGUGAACUUCCAAAGGAAAAAGGGUGACGACUCCGAUGAGGAAGACCUCUGCCUCAGCAACAAAUGGACUUUCCAAAGAACCAGCCGCCGGUGGUCUCGCGUGGACGACCUCCACGCACUCUUUCCCGGAGGGGACAGAAACGGGUCGUCGGGAGACAUUAGGAUGAGAAACACGACCAGCAGUGAAAGCGUCCUCACCGACCUGAGCGAGCCCGAGGUCUGCUCCAUUCACAGCGAAAGCAGCGGAGGCAGCGACGGCCGUGGCCAGCCGGGCGGCCAGGGCGCCGGCCGGGAGGGGUUCGACUGCCCCGGGCGGCCCUGCGCCGACGGCCCGGCCAUGCUGGAUGCGGCGCUGGGCGGCGGCAGCCUCCUGCAGUCCCCCAGAGACCUUCUCCACUACCCUCUCCACCCAAAGAAUGAGAAGCCCGCCAGGACCAGAGCCAAAUCAUUUCUGAAGCGCAUGGAAACGCUGCGAGGGAAAGGAUCGCAGGGAAGGCAUAAGGGGUCGGGGCGGACCGGGGGCCUGGUGAUCAGCGGGCCGGUGCUGCAGCAGGAGCCCGAGUCCUUCAAGGCCAUGCAGUGCGUCCAAAUCCCAAAUGGCCAUCUCCAGAGCUCGUCCCCCGACGCCAGCAAAAAAGGGCUCUCGGGCUCCAGCAAAUGGAGUGGGGAGAGCAGCCCGUCGGAAAACAGCAGUAGUGGGGUGAGCACGCCUGGCCUGAAGGAACGGAGGUGCCAGGAGGCCCACAAGCGCGGGGGCAUGUACUUAGAAGACCUGGAUGUGCUGGCGGGGACAGCACUGCGGGACGCAGGUGACCAAAACCACCACGCACAGGAGUUUCAUUCCCAAGAGAACUUGGUGGUGCAUAUUCCCAAGGAUCACAAGCCAGGAACGUUCCCCAAGGCGCUCUCUAUCGAAAGCCUCUCGCCAAUGGACAAUAGCAGUGAGGUUAACUGGAGGACUGGGAGCAUCUCCCUGGGCAGACAGCCGGGCCCAGGGGCCAGGGAGCCCAGGCUCAUGGCGUCCUGCCACAGAGCCAGUCGAGUUAGCAUCUACGACAACGUCCCCGGCUCCCACCUGUACGCCAGCACCGGAGACCUUUUGGACUUGGAGAAGGACGAUCUCUUCCCUCACUUGGAUGACAUUCUGCAUCAUGUCAACGGGCUCCAGGAGGUAGUGGAUGACUGGUCAAAAAACGUGUUGCCUGAGCUGCAGACACAAAAUGCCCUGGCUGGAGAAGCUGGCUUCUGCCCAUUCACAUCUCCCAAUCAGAUCACCUUAGAGUUCGAAGGCAACUCUGUCUCCGAAGGUCGGACGACUCCGAGUGAUAUGGAAAGAGAUGGAGCGUCUCUUAAUGAGUCCGAGGCCACCGGGGUCAGAGAAAGGAGGGACUCUGGAGUAGGGGCCUCUCUGACCAGGCCAAACAGGCGACUCCGGUGGAACAGCUUCCAGCUCUCACACCAGCCUCAGGCGUCCACGGCGUCGCCCCACAUCAGCAGCCAGACGGCCGGCCAGCUGAACCUGCUCCAGCGCUUCUCGCUGCUCCGCCUCACGGCCAUCAUGGAGAAGCACUCGCUGCCCAACAAGCACGGCUGGGCCUGCCUCUCCCCACAGUGUGCUCCACGAGGCGUGCAUGACCUGGUUUCUGUGAAUUCUAGGGCAGUUCCAAAGUUCAUGAAGAGGAUGAAAGUUCCCGAUUACAGAGACAAGGCUGUCUUUGGCGUUCCUCUCAUCGUUCACGUCCAGAGAACGGGGCAGCCCCUGCCGCAGAGUAUCCAGCAGGCACUGAGGUACCUCCGCAGCAACUGCCUGGAUCAGGUGGGUCUUUUUCGAAAAUCAGGCGUGAAGUCGCGAAUCCAUGCCUUACGUCAGAUGAAUGAGAGCUUCCCCGAGAACGUCAGCUACGAGGACCAGUCCGCUUACGACGUGGCCGAUAUGGUGAAACAGUUCUUCCGGGACCUCCCCGAGCCGCUCUUCACCAACAAGCUCAGCGAGACCUUCCUCCACAUCUAUCAGUAUGUCCCCAGAGAGCAGCGGCUGCAGGCAGCGCAGGCGGCCGUCCUGCUGCUGGCGGACGAGAGCCGGGAGGUGCUGCAGACGCUGCUGUGCUUCCUCCACGACGUGGCCGGCGCGGUGGAGGAGAACCAGAUGACGUCCAUGAACCUGGCUGUGUGUCUGGCCCCCUCCCUCUUCCAUCUGAAUUUACUGAAGAAAGAAAGCUCCCCCAGAGUCAUCCAGAAGAAAUACGCCACCGGGAAGCCGGAUCAAAAGGACCUCAGUGAGAAUCUGGCCGCAGCUCAGGGGCUGGCCCACAUGAUCAUGGAAUGCGACAGACUUUUUGAGGUCCCGCUUGAGAUGGUGGCCCAGUCUCAUAACUCGUAUGUGGAGGCUGAGAUCCAUCCUCCAACUCUGGAAGACCUGGGGGCCCAGCUGGAGGAGAGUGGGGCCACUUUCCACACAUACCUGGAACAGCUCGUCCAGGGCCUCCAGAAGGAAGCCAAGGAGAAGUUCAAAGGCUGGGUCACGUGUUCCAGUGCAGACAACACAGAUCUUGCUUUCAAAAAGGUGGGAGACGGGCCCCCGCUGAAGCUGUGGAAGGCGGCUGUGGAGGUGGAGGCGCCCCCCUCGGUGGUUUUGAAUCGCGUGCUGAGAGAGCGCCACCUGUGGGAUGAGGAUUUUGUGCAGUGGAAGGUGGUGGAGACUCUGGACCAGCAGACAGAAAUCUAUCAGUACGUGGUGAACAGCAUGGCGCCCCAUCCCUCCAGAGACUUCGUGGUCCUCAGGACCUGGAAGACUGAUUUGCCCAAAGGAACGUGCACCCUGGUGUCCCUCUCCGUGGAGCACGAGGACGCCCAGCUCAUGGGCGGUGUGCGGGCUGUGGUGAUGGACUCUCAGUACUUAAUAGAGCCGUGUGGCUCCGGCAAGUCGCGGCUGACCCACAUCUGCAGGGUGGACCUGAGAGGUCACUCCCCAGAAUGGUACAAUAGAGGCUUUGGACACCUGUGUGCAGCGGAAGUUGCCAGGAUUAGAAACUCUUUUCAGCCCCUCAUUGCUGAGGGUCCAGAAACAAAAAUCUGAGUUUUCCCCAGUGUGACAUCAAACUCAGGGAAGAGAAAGUGAAAGCAAACACUCGUGGGAGAGCGUGUGCUCCUGAGAAGGCAAGAGGGAGAGAGAAACUGAUUGACGAGGUUUAUGCUUAAACAUGGAAGCACUGAGAAGUCGGAAUGUUGAAGAUGCAGGAAUUUCCAAGAACUUUUCUAGCCUUCCUGGAGAUGGCUAUAGCCCUACUAAUAUAUUUUUAAAAAUCAGAACAUUUAUCUAUGUUACUUAAAAUUAAAUGGAUUAUUCCUUGUGCAUUGCCUAAUUUGCUAUUUAAAGGCUUCUAAGAAGCAUAUUCUUAACUGUAAAUACAUGUAUGUAUAGCAUAUGUACAUAUGUGUGUAUAUCGCCAUCUUUACUGUAUAUAUGUAAAAUACCAUUUUAUAUAUAAUUGCGUAUUUUGAAGAGGAACACAUCUGAUUCGGCGAGUCCCUUCCCCCCAUUGUCUUUCCAAGCUGCUCUGGGCCCCAUCUCCCCGCUGUCCUGUAAGCUGAGCAGGAUCUGCUGCCAACACCAAAGUGUGAAAAUAUGUAGGCUGCCCUGAUGUUUAACCAAAGAUUAGCCAACCAAAGGACAACAGCAUUAAAUGGGUCUUGCCUGUUGUCAGUUUGUGUUAUUCAAAAACUGAGCAUGGAGUGUUGAUAAAGCAAGGAAAAGAAUAUUUAGUCCUCUUUAAAGCAAAGACACGGGUGAGAAGUCAUUACCAAAUUCAGGGCUGGAUGACCAGUUGCCACGGGGCCAGCAGGGGCCGUUUCAGUGAAAUGUCGGGCGCUGGUGGACCACUGGAGUCAGCGCGAGCGACUGAAACAGAACCUGUGCUUCCCCUGCUGAUUAGAGCUGAAAAUAAUCUCCGUUGCAUAGUCACCACCAAAGGGAGCCUCUGUGUCUUACCGCAUUCUCAUAGAUACAUUUUGUAAUGUUCUUGAAUGUCCUUCUAUUUGACCAGUGGCCUAUUUGGUCACAGUUAGUUGGCAUUUUCUUACCAAUGCAUUGCACUGACUUUAACUCUGGACACCAGACAAAGGGAGAUGAUGGUCAUGCAAGAGUCCUGGACCAUUACAGCUUCAGGGAAUUCUAAUAUUGCUACGUAGGACGCUCUCAAGAUAGACUUCAUUAAAGUUUUGCAAUCUGAAAGACAGGGUUUUAAACUAAUAUUAAGACCAAAACUGUGUUCUUCAAUUAGUUUUAGACAACAGAAACAAGUUUGUUAAGUCCACGUUUCUUCAUUAGCCAGUCAAUCUACCUAUGCAUUUGCCCCAACCUUAUUUAUUAUUGUAGAGACUAAGCAAACUGACUUCCUUAACCAAUUGCCAAUGAAUUUAAGUUGGUUUUUUUUUUUAUUGUAAUUCAACAACUGUAGAGAGGAAGAUAAUUUAUUGUGUUUGGUUUCAGGGAGAGAUUGGUAUCAUAAUUUAGCAAUCGGUGUUGGAGGAAAAAGAAACUUAAAUGAGUGUUUUCCUUUUUUUUUGUAUUGUAUGCAUUUAUGUAAUGUUUUCUCUUAUCAGCAAUGUGCAAUUCUUUACUGAGAGGAAUAAAAAUGCUAUAUGUGAGUUCUGUAUGGUACAAGUAAAAUCAUACUGUUCGAAUUGUGACCUGGGAAUUUUUGUUUCCUUGCCUACCUAAGAAGGUGGCGGCAAACCCCUAAUUUUCCAUUUGGGCAGUGCCCUGUGAGCAAAACAGAUUCACCCCGCCAUGCAUCUUAAAUUUAACUAUAAAUGCCGGAUUACUUUAACAGGCAUAGACAAGAUCAUUAAGUGAAUUUUAAUCUAGCUUAAUGCUGGUCCUACUCCAGAGAUGGGACCCUAUGUUUUUGGAAAAUAUGACAGGCACACAAGGACGAAUGGUGGUAUGUCACCUAGAGCAGGGCUUCUCCAGCCUUAGCGGCACAUGGAUCACCUGGAGAUCUUGUUACAAUGCAGACUCUGAUCCAGGCAGUUGGGGGUGGGCCUGAGAGUCUGCAUUUUCAACCAGCUUCAGGGAUGCCCAGACUGCAGGCCCAAAGAUCACACCCUGAGAAGCCAGAGCCUAGAGGAUAUUUAAAACAGAAUGAAAACAAAUGUGAUUGUAUUUCUGACUCCCCUUCUCUUCAGAUUACCUGACGUUUUAAUUUUAUGCACAUAUUAAUCACAUCACUGCUGCAUAACAACACAGAACAUCUUUAAAAAAAGAAAAAGAAAAAAGAGGAAAAAGAGCUUGUUUGUCAAAUACCAUAGUAUUUUAUUCAUUGUUAUCUUGCCAAUGGAAAUAAAAUAUAAUAUUGCCUUAAUAUUAUAUUUAUACCUCAUGUAUAUUUUUACCUCAAUUGUUGGUAUCAAUCAUCAAUUGUAAAUAAAUAAUUGCCAAGGCAAAUAAAUUUAUAUACAUUAAA